CAAACGCCCAAGAACGCCUCCCGCCACUUCUCUGCUGACUACCACUACCUGGGUGGUUAUUAUGGCGCUUGCAAUGCGGAAUUAAUGCAGUUGGAGCUAGUGCGAAACGGUCCUUUCCCGGUAGGAUUCGAAGUCUACUCCGACUUCAUGGCCUACCAGGGCGGUAUCUAUCACCACACCGGCCAUCACAACGUCCUCAGAAUUCACUUUGAGUUGCUGCAGGGAAUCAGCAUUAUCACUCAGCACUUGGGCUGA